ACUCACUUCUCUUCUACAACCCUUGCGGGACCCGCCUUAUGACUGUCUUUUAUUCGCUGCCAAAUGUUCAUUGUUGCUUUUAUUUUCUUUAACGGCACUUUUCUCUCUCCGUGCAACGUUCCGCUCGGGUGCCCGGUGCAGUUGCUUCGUGACCAGCCGAUCUUGCGCUCGCGCUUUCGCCGCCGUGUCCAUCAGCUCCCGCGCCCUGCAGCUUGGACUACAUUCACAGAAAUAUCCGGAUAUUUCAUUGUCGUCUGCUGGUUUUGCGUGCGCUGUCAUCGGCUUCGACUGAUUAAAUUCGUCUGCACCGCCAUUGCGAUGGAGGGUGGGUCGCCGACAGCCAACGGUGACGGUCCAGCGCUGCCGUCAACUGCCACCAAGACAGGCUGGGUUCGCACCAGUGCCAGCAUGAACCCGAACCUGUACGCAACCAAGAAGACCCUUGCGCAGGGCAUGCUUGACGUGGCCCUGCUCUCGGUCAACGCCACCCAGCUGAAAAGCAUCAUUCAGCGCGGGGACGACCACGAAUUCUACACCGUGCUCGUGGUGCUGAUCAGCUUCUCCAUCGGACUGCAGAUAUUGGUGGGCAUGGUCUUCCUUGUGUUGGGUUUUAUCAACCUGAACAAGGACAACAACCACCGGAUGGCCGAGAUACUGAACAACAUUGCCACCGCAGCCGUCUUCGCUGUCACGGUGCUCAACAUCUUGACGGCCUCUUUCGACGGCCGCAAAGGAAUCGAGGGGAGGCCCAGCGAAGCCCAGCCGUUGAUUCCACGAUGAAUUCAGCACCUUUGUUUUGACUUGGGUCUGCCAAAAUAAAAUAGACAGUUUUAGUUCCUGGGAGCCCAAGCUGCUCUCGUACGCACGCUCUUGCGUUCCUUUGCUCUCCCAGCCGCACCCAAGGAGAAUACCAAGGAACGCGAGGGCUUACGUCCGAACGCCGCUUAGCGGCCCGGUACUGAAUCUCUCUGUUAAUCCACAUUGUUCGUGCGGCCGGUUUUCGUAUAUGCCAGAAUACUUUAUGAAUAGUGCGUGUCGUGUUCUAGUAUCACACACACAUAUAUUUUAUCAAUGACGAGACAGUGAUGGGAGUAAAAAGUCUUCACUUUACUUUUUGCGACCAUUCUAGCC